UACAGGCCUAUAUCUGUUUUCUAGGUGAUCUCAGACUGGACACGCACUGGCACUGCAGAAUGGUGCUACAACAUCGCCAUCUUUGGACACUGUUUGGUCUCAUCUCUGAUCUGGACCAUGGACCAGAAUCCAAAAAGUUAAACUGUGGAGCAACACAACUGAUGUGGAUCUGCUAAAUGAGCCUGAACUCCAGCUGCUGACAGGGCCAGACACGUACAACCCCAGAAUGGAAAAUCCAGGAUUUUCAAUACUUUUCAAUAAAAAGAGCAGAUUGACAGAUGUGAAGGAUGACGUCCUGCACAGAGAUCUGUGGAUCUGACUACACAGACCCAGCCCAAACCACGGGCCACUACCAGCAGUACGGAGUCCGCUCUUACCUACAUCAGUUUUAUGAGGAAUGCACAGCUUCAAUUUGGGAACGUGAUGAAGAUUUUCAGAUUCAGAGAUCACCGAGCAGGUGGAGCUCUUUACUCUGGAAGGUCUGUCUCGCGUUCGGAGCGUUAGUCUUGUUUGCAGGCUUCAUAGUGGUCCUGGUGGGUUAUGCUACUCCAGCCAGGAUCGAGGCUUUUGGUGAAGAUGAUCUGCUUUUUGUUGACAGCCAAGCAGUUGGCUUCAAUCGAGCACUGGAUGUGUGCAAAUUGACUGGAGCGAUUCUGUUCUGUGUGGGAGGCACGUCUAUGGCAGUGGGUCUUCUGUUGUCUGCUUUUGCUAAAGGCUACUCCAAAGAAGAGCUCUAUCUGCAGCAGAAGUUUAAGGAGAGGUUGGCAGAUCUGCAAGCAACAGUUGGGCCCCCCAUCAUGAGAGCACCCACCCCAGGAGAAGGCAAAGUACCAGUCACACUGUCCAAAGUCCAGAACAUCCAGCCCUCCAAUGCUAAAGCAGAGACCUGACACAGACCUCCUGAAGAGGACCAGUGAAGUGUGUGAGGGGAUGUUUGUGACUGAGUACAUUUCCUUUGAAAAGGUCAGCUUACAUGAGUAGUAGUUCUGGGUUCACAAAAAAUAGGUUCUUUAAAUCAUGCUUAUGUUUUUAUCUUAACCAAACAAUAUGCCAAGAAUACAAAGCACAAUACAGCCUCUGAACUUUUUAAAAGACUUUUAGUGACUAUUGUUAGUGCUAGAUUGUAAAGCAUAGAAAACAGGUAGACACAUACGUUGCACCCUUUGACUCAUACAAAAAUGCAAUGAAAUUAAUUUAUUAUAGACUUUUGCUAAGCUGUAAUGUGAGCUCUCUUUUUUGUAAUGGUUGUUCAGCCAAACAGCUUAGUUUAUUUUAGUUUUGUCUUUAUUUUAUGAGACAAUGUACAAAGACUUUAAGCCCAUAACGGAGAAGCUCUGCACCAGAUUCUAGCAAAAUAGAUAGCUUCCAUUUGUAGUUGCUGGUUCCUGGCUUCAUGAAUGUGCGCGUACAACUUGAAAUUAAGGGUUUAGCUAGUCUCUAUGCGAUUCUUGUUAUUGGCCAAUUGACCUUGUCUCUACCAAUAACUCUUCAGACAGGAUUAAUUGACUUGAACUUUGAUGAAAGCAAAACAGACAGGUGUAGAAUACAAAGGCCAGUUGCACAAACAAAUUAAGUUUGUUCACUCAAUGGAUAUAAUCGUGUGCUAAUAGUUAUAAAUCUGUAGUGAGCAUGUGGAAAGUGAAUGCCCAAGUCUUAUCACCUCCACGAAUGUGCUACAAAACAAGCAGCUCUGCAAACAACAGCAGGUGUGCUGUAUUCAUUUUACGAAGCCUUCCUGCAUUCAUGUAAGACUUGAAGCUAUAUCAUCUGUGAUGCUAAACAAAAACACAUACAGACUUACCAAAUACAUUUUGUAAAGGUUUCACGUGUGUGGUGGAAGUCAAUUUAUUUCAUUCUCUCUAUAUAGGCAUUAUUUCUUCAUUCUUUGUAUUUAUUAUAUAGCUAAAGUACAUGUGUGUGGUUAUCACAGUGCCAUAUAAAGAUACACUGCUCACAAGAAAAAUGCUGAGGCAAUCUAAUUUUCUGGUAUGAUUAUGUAAGUUGACCUUUUAGGGUAGUACCCUACUAAUCCAAAAUCCAGACCACAUGGAAGCCAGUCUUGUGUUUUUAACUAAUAUGAAACACUGUGUAAUUUGGUUGUACCUUGGAAACAGUUAAAUUACAGCUGCAGAGGAAACAACAACAACAGUUUGUUCAUCCAUAAUGGUCGGAUUAGUAGUUUAGUGUACAUGUAGUUUCUUGCUGUCAGAUGUGAGCUUUUUUAAAUUCCGUAUUGGACCAAAGCUGAAUCCAAUUUUUGUUUCUCUUGAAUAACUAAAAAUCACUCAAUAUAACUGAAGUUGUAUCCUGCACACAAUGAAAGAAAGAAAGAUAUAUGAAGAAUAAUAUAUUCAUCAAAUGCAUAAUAUGAAAACAGUGUCUAUUUUUAAAUGAACAUAAAAAAAUAAAUGACUAACAUCGCAACUUGUGU